UUACACGUCCACCAUAUGCUUGUAAUUAUAGAAGUCUUUGUCAAGAACACGGCAAGUGGGACGCCCCACAGAACACCAUACUCUGCCCGGCCAUAAAACUCCCGCUCCACCAUUGGCGCACGGCUAAGCCCGCCUAUCGAGACUCCCUCCUCAACGCUUAUCUACCCUCAGGAUCAUUCCGUUUGAAAGUUUCGACCCGAGACCAGCUCAUCGGUCACAGACAGUUACGCAGUAGACUCGGUUAUCUGGUGUGCCCAACAGCGGAAUUCAAACAAUCCAACGCAGUGUUUAUAUUUUAUUUUUGUGUGACGAGUGACAAGUGCAAACGGGUUACCCAUGUCAAUGGUAUCGUAUUACGGCACAGGGAUGUACACGCACCAGCAGCCCGUGGCCGGCGCCCAGUCGCACUUCCAGAGCAACGUACCGAUGGCGUGGUACCCGGGCUACCACCAAUCGCCCCAGAUGACGCCGACCGGACAGUAUCCCUCCUGUUUGGAGGAGCAGCAAAUGUGGCAUUCGCACCCCGCACCGUCGCAUCCGGCCGUCUUCAAGCACGACUAUCAGGACUAUGUGCCGAAUCCGGCGAUCGCGACCGGCGGACACCUGGAGCCGGAGACGCAGUUCCCGUCGCCGCCGAUCACGGUGUCGGGCAGCGAGAUGUCGUCGCCCGGCGCCGGCGGCAACAUGUCGCCCCAGGGCGGUCAGAUGACCAGACCGGUGCAGGCGAGGAGCCCCUACGAGUGGAUCAAGAAGAACAAUUAUCAACAGCAACCCCAACCCGAGUUAGAUAACCUUAUUGAUUCUGAAUAUUCCACAUCGGUUGCUGGCAAAACCCGCACAAAGGACAAGUACCGAGUUGUAUACACCGAUCACCAGAGGAUCGAGCUGGAGAAGGAGUUCACGUUCAACAACAAAUACAUAACGAUCAGAAGAAAAUCGGAGCUGGCCGCCAAUCUGGGCCUGUCGGAACGACAAAUCAAAAUCUGGUUCCAAAACCGGAGGGCAAAAGAAAGAAAGCAAAACAAGAAGAGGAACGAAGAAAAGCAUCAGAUCGACGCCAUCAACACGACGCCACAGUACCAACCCAACCUAAUGACCCAGCAUCCCGCCAUGCAUCAGAUGGACAUGACGAAUAGCAGGCUGCCUAUGAUGCAGAAUCAGCAGCUGAUGGAGAAAUACAACCAGAUGAAGCUGGAGAACCUCGAAGCUGAACGUGAUCAAAUGGGUUAAACGCGAUUCGCGUGCGCGUGCUGAAGCGAUUCAGAGUGAUAGAUCUGAACCCGUCCUUUAAACAAUGUGCAAUUUUUUUAAAAACUUUUUAUUGAGUGCAAUUUUUUCUCUCUCAAAGAGAAUUUAGUAUAUGUUAUAAUAUUUAUGUGAAAUUUUUAUGUUUUAAGUUUUUAUGUUCGAAGCCAAUUCGAAAGACUUACCGAGUGAGAUGAACAAAUCAGAAUUGUUUUAUUUUUAUUUUUUGUGCAGUGAACAACUGCGCAAUCCACGAAAACUCACCAAAAUGUGAUUGAUUUCCACCCGACGAUCAUUCCGGGAUGUUGAGUUUUUUAGUGAGAAGUGUUUCAGGCUUAAUAUUAAAUUAUUUGUAAAAAGAUUUUAAAUGUAAGUAGUUCCUUAAAUAAAUUCUAUCGUUUUUUAA